AUGGCGCUGCGGCGCCUCCUGCUGCUGCUUCUGCUGCUGCUCUCCCUGGAGUCCCUGGACCUGCUGCCCGGCGCCCACGCCGCCCGCGGCCGCGCCGCCAACCGGACCCUAAGCGCCGGCGCCGCUGCCGUCGGGGGCCGGCGGCCGGGGGGCGCCCUGGCCCGGGGCGGCCGCGAGCUGAACGGCACCGCUCGGGGGGCAUCCGGCGGCCCGGAAGCGGGCAGCCGGCGAGGGCAGCCCGCGGCGGCGGUGGCGGCAGCCAGCGCGACCGUCACCUACGAGACGUGCUGGGGCUACUACGACGUGAGCGGCCAGUACGACAAGGAGUUCGAGUGCAACAACAGCGAGAGCGGCUACCUGUACUGCUGCGGCACCUGCUACUACCGCUUCUGCUGCAAGAAGCGCCACGAGAAACUGGACCAGCGCCAGUGCACCAACUACCAGAGCCCGGUGUGGGUGCAGACGCCCAGCACCAAGGUGGUGUCGCCGGGGCCCGAGAACAAGUACGACCCGGAGAAGGACAAGACCAACUUCACCGUCUACAUCACGUGCGGGGUGAUCGCCUUCGUUGUCGUGGCGGGGGUCUUCGCCAAGAUAUCCUACGACAAGGCCCACCGCCCUCCGCGGGAGAUGAACAUCCACAGGGCUCUGGCUGACAUCUUGAGACAACAGGGACCAAUCCCCAUAGCACACUGUGAAAGAGAAGCUAUCUCGGCUAUCGAUACCUCUCCCAAAGAGAACACACCGGUGAGAUCCUCCUCCAAAAACCUCUACACCCCCGUGCGUACCGCCAAGCCGACUCCAGGGCAUUAUGGGAAGGAUGCUUACCGAAGUGGAGGACCAGAUCUCCAUAACUUCAUCUCAUCGGGAUUUGUCACAUUAGGAAGAGGACACACGAAGGGUGAUCAUCAGUAUAAUCAUCCGAUUUUAAGCAGUGCUACCCAGACCCCAACACAUGAGAAGCCACGGAUGAACAAUAUCCUGACAUCGGCCACGGAGCCCUAUGAUCUCUCCUUCUCCCGCUCUUUCCAGAACUUGGCCCAUCUACCCCCAUCCUAUGAGUCUGCGGUGAAGACCAACCCCAGCAAGUACUCAUCUCUGAAGAGACUAACUGACAAGGAAGCUGAUGAGUAUUACAUGAGGCGGAGGCACCUGCCUGACCUGGCUGCCCGCGGCACCCUCCCCCUCAAUGUCAUCCAGAUGUCACAGCAGAAGCCGUUGCCAAGGGAACGACCCCGCAGGCCCAUCAGGGCCAUGUCCCAGGACAGGGUCCUGUCCCCACAGAGGGGCCUGCCAGAUGAGUUCGGCAUGCCCUACGACCGCAUCCUGUCCGAUGAGCAGCUUCUCUCCACGGAGCGCCUGCACUCCCAGGACCCGCUGCUGUCCCCAGAGCGGACGGCCUUCCCCGAGCAGUCGCUGUCGCGGGCCAUCUCGCACACGGACGUCUUUGUGUCCACGCCUGUGCUGGACCGCUAUCGCAUGACCAAGAUGCACUCCCAUCCCAGUGCCUCCAAUAACUCCUACGCCACCCUGGGCCAGAGCCAGACGGCAGCCAAGCGCCACGCCUUCGCCUCACGCAGACACAACACAGUGGAGCAGCUGCACUACAUCCCUGGCCACCACACCUGCUACACGGCCAGCAAGACCGAAGUGACCGUGUGA